GACUCAUCUCUUGCAGCACAACCACCAUGUCUUCCUCGCUACGGCCACUGUCGCAAACGUCCAAGUCUGUUUUCAGACAUCGCGCGAAAGCACACGCAGUGCCGCGCCCAGCGUGGAGGCACUUCGCGGUAUCAGCGACGUGCUCGACUCACCUGCACCAUGGCCUCACGUUGGCGACAUACUCUGCAACCCACCCCGCGAGGCAGACGCACAGCAUGGAGCGUCCAUCACAAUAUCGUUCAAUGUUCAUCCAAACCGAGACAACGCCUAACGAGGAUUCGCUGAAGUUCAUCCCUGGUGUACCUGUCAUGGACGAAGGCACCGCCGAGUUCCUCGAUAUCAAGUCUGCGCUCAAGUCGCCACUCGCUAUCCGCCUCAUGGGCAUCGACGGUGUCAAGAGCGCCUUCUACGGCCCGGACUUCGUCACUGUCGGAAAGGACACCGAAACGCAAUGGUCCGUCAUCAAGCCCGAAAUCUACUCCAUCCUCAUGGAGUUCUUCUCCUCGGGCCAGCCACUGUUCCGGUCCGUGGAGGACAGGGAGGCGGCGGGUCCGCAGGACACGCGCAUCCUCGACACGGACUCGGAGACGGUGGCGAUGAUCAAAGAGCUGCUCGAGACGAGGGUCAGGCCGGCUAUCAUGGAGGACGGCGGUGACAUUGAGUUCCGCGGGUUUACGGACGAUGGGUACGUGCGGGUGAAGUUGAAGGGCAGCUGCAGGGGGUGCGACUCGAGCACGGUGACGCUCAAAAGCGGCAUCGAGCGGAUGCUCAUGCACUACAUCCCGGAGGUAAAGGGUGUUGAGCAGGUCCUGGACCUAGAGGAAGAGAUCGCCCUCAGCGAGUUCCAGAAGCUGGAACAGCGGAUCUCUCGGGAGCACCCCGACGAAGCCAAGAAGGACUCGCCGUAAGUCCCUCUCGUAUUGGUGGAUGAGGCAGCGAUUGACAUGGACUCAGAAUGUCACAAUACAUGUCCGUUUAAACCAACGGACCAGACUAGUCCGACGGCCAUCUAUGUAGUUGUAGCAUAUUCUCGAUUUAAUUGUAUAUUGGAUGCUAGAUGAUUUGAGCAUC